UUUCCAGAUUUAAAUACAAAUCUAACAACUUAUACGACAGAUGAUGGAGAUCAUGAUGCUGCCCCUCGAUUUACCUCAAAGGAGUUCUUGUCUGGAAAUGCCAUUAUGAAGAAGCUCUCCGGCAAGAGCUCUGACUCCAGAGAGACUUUCCAUAGCUUGAACAGAAGUGUCAUUUUCUCUCAAGGGGAACCACUAAAUUUCGUGGAACCCAACCUAGACAAUCUGUAUGUCGACUAUGACGACAAUGAUGAGACUUCGCCAUUUGACCUAAAUGUCACUUUCCUGGAGCUCAGCAUUGACCGCACCAUGAACACAUCAGCUGAAACCCAGCUAAGCAACACAACCAUCAUCGCGACCAACAGAACUCAGAAAUCUGUCAAUAGAAAAGGCCCAAAAUUGCAGCGGAAGGUACAGGGGAUCAGUGCGGUGGACAUGUACCGUUGGAAAUUGUCUUCACAUGAGCCAUGCAGUGCUACCUGCACUACAGGAGUGAUGUCAAACUAUGCCAUGUGUGUGCGAUACGAUGGGGUGGAAGUAGACGACUCGCACUGUGAUGCUCUGACCCGCCCUGAGCCAGUCCAUGAAUUCUGCGCAGGAAGGGAGUGCCAGCCAAGGUGGGAGACGAGCAGUUGGAGUGAAUGUUCUCGGACCUGUGGAGAAGGGUACCAGUUCCGGAUUGUGCGGUGUUGGAAGAUGAUCUCACCUGGAUUUGACAGCUCUGUGUACAGUGAUCUCUGCGAUUCUGCAGACAUCACCAAGCCAGACGAGAGGAAAGUAUGCAGGAACCCAGCGUGUGGACCACAGUGGGAGAUGUCUGAGUGGUCGGAGUGUACAGCAAAAUGCAGCGAGCAAAGUAUUGUCACAAGGGAUGUGCGCUGUUCAGAAGAUGAGAAGCUAUGUGAUCUCAACACCAAACCACCAUCAGAGGAAGAUUGCAGUGGACCACCAUGUGAUCGCCAGUGGACUGUGUCAGACUGGGGGCCUUGCAGCGGAACCUGCGGCCAGGGGAAAAUGAUCCGACACGUCUACUGCAAAACCAGCGAUGGACGAGUAGUUCCGGAGACUCAGUGCAACCUCGAGACCAAGCCCCUGGCUAUUCAUCCCUGCGGGGACAAAAACUGUCCCUCACAAUGGCUGAGCCAGGACUGGGAGAGGUGUAACACGACCUGCGGCAGGGGUUCCAAGCAGCGAGUCGUCCAGUGCCUUGAGGUGGCCAACGGCAAAGUGAAAACUCGCAAUCCAUCAGACUGCGACGCUGCCAAAAAGCCAGCAGAAGAAAGCACCUGCUUCGAGCGUCCGUGUUUCAAGUGGUACACCACCCCUUGGUCUGAGUGCAGCAAAACAUGUGGAGUUGGAGUCCGGAUGCGGGAUGUGAAGUGCUUCCAAGGAAGAGACAUCGUUCGUGGCUGUGAUCUGCUGGUUAAACCGGUAGGGAAGCAGACAUGCGACUUACAGCCUUGCCCAACAGACCCUCCAGAUGACAGCUGCCAGGACCAGGCUGGCACCAACUGUGCUCUGGCUAUCAAAGUAAACCUGUGCAGUCACUGGUACUACAGUAAAGCUUGCUGCAGGUCAUGCCGCUCUACACACUCCUAG